GAACGCCCACGCCGCCGCGCCUCCGGUGCCCGAAGCCGCCAACGCCACCGCCGGCUCCCUGACACCCGUCCCCCACUCCCUCGCUGCAACCCGCAAUUACCUGGUUGCCCCUGUCCCAGUGAACCCAACGGAAGCAGCCGGGCGCGUUCGUCUCCCGACUUCGCCGUACGCCCCGCCCUCCGCCCCCGCCCGUCCAGCCGACGCCGGCGGCGACCGGCGGCGACGGAGAACAAGGCCCAGGCGCCCCUGCUUCCUGCUGGUCCCCGGCCGCAUCCCCCCCUCACUUCUCCGCUCUCACGCACCACCGAGGGCGAGCUCCGCGCGACGCCGGCCGCGACCAGGGGCGGCGACAGCGGUGACUCAAGGCCAUGUUGCAGGUUUCACCUUCUACUGUAGAGGCAUGAACACUGAUGAUUUUAUAAAGCAGUAUCCUUGUCUUCUACACUGAAUAUGUGGACCAACAUUUUCAAAAUUGGGGAGCUUCAGACUGUAUCAUGGUUUCAGUUUCUUCCUGUUGAACCAGAUUACAGUGCUACUUCUGAUAGAAGUUCAAAAGCCGAGCAGAAAGAUGCUCUUAAUAGCACUGUGCUGUCAGCGUAUCUUCGCUUACAGAGUGAAGGUCUCCUAAGUACUUGGACAAAUUCCUUUGUUGGCCCUUGGGAUCCAUCUCAAGGAGAGCAUAACCCUGAUGAGAAGAUCAAGCUCUGGUUGUUUCUUUCUGGCCGCCACUCGUCAGUACCUGAAAUGACCCAGCCCGCUGUAGCUAAAUUAAGAGUUGUUUCAAGUGGUUUAUGGGUGGCUCCAGGCAACUCGGAAGAGGUUGCAGCUGCAUUAUGUCAGGCCUUAAGAAAUUCUUUGGAGAGAGCACUAAGAGGGCUUUCCUAUGCAAGAUUUGGUGAUGUAUUUACAAAAUACAACCCCCCUACAAGAAAUCAAAACAGCUUUAGGAGAGCACAACCUACAGUAGAAUUUGUCUUUGCGGCCACUGAGGAAGCAAUCUUUGUGCAUGUUAUUAUAUCUGCAAGAUAUAUGCGAAACCUUUCUAGUGAUGAUAUAGAGAAAGUUCUCACACACAGUCCCCGUUCUGUUGGUGAAGGUCUUCCAGUUAUUGUUGCUCCUAGCGGAAUGCUGGGUAGGCUUGUCGGCUGUUGCCCGAGUGACCUCGCAAUACAAGUAUAUUCAAGCAAAUUAUCGGCACCUAAUCUACCAGGUUUUACUCAACCCACCAUCUGCCAGCUGAGAGGUCAAAGUUACUAUGUUGAAGUUGCCCUUGGCUUUCCACCUGCCUCAACUGACAAAAUUUCUGAAUCGGAAAAUAAUCAGAUUAAGGAAGAAUUUGAUUCAGUGAAGGAACCUCAUGUAGGUGAUUAUGGGCAGAAAAAGUUAGAAUCUGCUGAUGGCCUUCCAGUUCUUGAAAGGACAUUUAUUUACCCACCUGAGGCUGUUAUGGUACCUAUGGUCCAUCAGGCAUUUGUUCGCUUUUCUAGUAAAAGAAUGUGGUCACAGGACUGGAUGGGUAGUUCAUCAUGGGAGGCUUGGCCAUUUUGGAACUUCUCUCCGUCUUCUUACUUCCGGAACAGCAGCUCUUUCUUUGGAUCUUCACGCGGACUUGGUGUGAACUCUAAUUUUCUAAGACUAAGAAGACAAAGGAAUAACAACUCCAACGGCAUGGCUAGUAGUAUCAGUAGUGUCAGUAGCACUUCUAAUGGGAGUGAGCAUGCAGUUGCUGCUAAAGGUGGUGAUCUUUUGGCAGAUGCUGACUCUACAGCGUGCCAUCAGUCUGAUCUGCCAUUGAACAAUGACAUUGCUGGUAGCAAGAUGGUAUCCAAGCGCUCUCGUUCUGAAAUAACAGAAGAUUCUUCUCAUGCUGGCAAAGAAGUUAGGGAAAACAUGCAAGGCACAAAUGGUCAGGGGGGAUGUUCUUGGGGCUGGGGUGAAGAGGGGGUUGUGAUGGACAUCAAUAUACUUCUCUCGGAGUUUGGAGAUUUUAGUGACUUCUUUCAAGGGGAUGAGUUAGAUUUUGGUGAGCCUCCAGGUACUGCUGAAUCACAUGCUUUAGUAAGCCCUGCUUCGGAAUAUGGAGACAUGCCAUUCAUAGAUAGUCCAUCCGUAGCUAUGGAUAUACCUGAACAAAGACUUUCUCCUGUUGGUUUCACAUCUAUGGAGGCAUUUAACCACCAAACGAUGUCACCUAUUCAGGAUGUUGCUUCUAAAGUUCAGGAGCCUCUCAAAGAAAUUGCAUCACCUGCAGGGUCCCAGUCCUUAGUAUUAUCAUCUAGUAGAUCUGAUUUUCUCACCAGAGCUGAAGCUACACUCACAUUUGCACCAGAAUAUGCAGCUGUUGAAAUUUCCAGUUGCGAGACACCGGCGACACUGUUUACAAAUCCCUACUUGCCCGGAUCGAAAAAAAGAGGGAGUUGCGGUUUUAGCUCAAGAGUUUAUUCGUAUGAUGUCACACAAAGUUCUAAAGUUGAGUCUGCAGGAGACAAGUCUGAGAAGUCUGAUAAACUAACACCAGCUAAUCUUUCACGUGAUGUUGGUCGAUCAAGCUUAUACACACUUGUGCAAGGUAGGAAAAAUGAGAGUGAAAAGAGCUUAAACAAUGCAGACGAACAAUCAUGCAAGGGAGAAACAUCAAGACCUGUUUCUGGUGAAACUUCAUUUAGCUCUUCUCUGACUAUACAAAAGAAGAGUGAUAGCAUGCUUAAUGUUGGGUAUUUCCUCCUAUCUAUGAAGACCGCACUUGCAACUGAAAUUGAAUGCAUCACAUUUCAGGCUGCCAUGUGCAGAAUAAGGCAUACACUAGUGUCUCUGCGAACCAAAGCAUCUGCUGAAUUAAAAAGUGCCUUGUCCAGUGCUAUGCAGACAGAGAGCAGUAGUAACUCGGGUCUUGUUCCCAAAUAUGAGAUGAAAAGGAAAGAAAGUAUACCAGCUAGGCUGUCUAGUGAUGUUGACCAUGACAUGUAUGAUAGGUCCCAAUUAGAAAACGUGGGAGUUUGGAGGUCUGUUGUGGUACCUAAAGGGGCAAAACCCCUUGAUUCUUUGUCCGCUAAAACAUUUACUGGCACAAGCCCAUCUGUACAAAGGCAACCUAUUGUGGAACUUCUCAGUGCCAUGGCUCUGCUAGUUCAGCAAUCUACUUCAUUUGUUGAUAUCGCACUUGAUAUGGAUGAUGGAGAUGGUUCUUUUUUCUGGCUUUCCUUGGAUGAGCAGAGGAGACGUGGAUUUUCUUGUGAUCCUUCUAUGGUUCAUGCUGGCUGUGGUGGACUACUAGGAACAUGUCAUUCCAAGGAUUGCGCUGGUGUUGAUUUAGUUGAUCCACUUUCCGCAGAGGUUUCAGAAUCAUCCAUGAUUGGCUUGUUGCAAUCGGAUAUAAAAUCAGCUCUUAAAACUGCGUUUGCAAACAUGGAUGGUCCAUUAUCAGUAAUUGAUUGGUGCAGGGGUCGAAGUAAUAUAGCAGAAUCUGCUGCGAUGGGAGAUGCAUACUCUUUCCAUUAUACUACUGGUGAUAUUCGAGAUACUUCAAAUUCUAUACCCAUUGGUGGAGAUGCAAUGAGCCCACCCCAAUCUAGCAAUGAUCGAGGCACUUCAGAAGAGCAUCAUAAGGGAUAUCACCGUGUUAGACCAACCAUCGCUGUCCUCCCUUCGCCAUCUCUUCUUGUUGGUUACCAGGAUGAUUGGUUAAAGACCUCUGCUAAUUGCCUCAAAUUGUGGGAGAAGGCUCCUUUGGAACCUUAUGCUUCGGCCAAGCCUGUUACUUACUACGCGCUGUGCCCCGAUAUUGAUAUGCUUACUUCUGCAGCUACUGAUUUCUUUAUGCAGCUUGGAACAAUUUAUGAAGUUUGCAAACUGGGUACUCAUUUGCCACAACACAGUGGGGGGCAAAUAGAACAUUCUCCUGGAAAAUAUCUGCCUUCAGGACUUGUUCUCGUUGAGUGUCCUGAUCAAUUGAAGACUAGGGGCAGCCACUCAGUUUCUAUCAGUUCAGUAACUGAAUACUUUCAAGCUCUUUCAAAAAGUUGGAGUGUGAAAAGCUUCGUAUCAUCUCUGGCAAGGAUAAUUAAGGAUAUAAAGCUUACCGUAAACAUUUCAACAAAUCAGAAAGAGAGCAGUAACAUACCUUGCACUGUAAUUUAUGUGGUCUGCCCAUUUCCUGAACCAUCUGCGGUCCUACAGGCACUGGUAGAAAGUUCUGUUGCCCUUGGGUCUAUCUUAUCGUCAGAGAGAGAAAGGAAAUCAUUCCUGUAUACUCAGGUUGCCAAAGCUCUAGACAGCAGUGCUUCUGCUGAUGAAGCAUCAGCAUCCAAUGUUGUAAUGCUCUCUGGGUUCAGUAUACCGAAGCUUGUCUUGCAGAUUGUUACUGUUGAAACUUUACUGAGACUCCAUAAACCAAAUGAGCUGGCUGCUUUCAAGGACAUAGCUUUCACUGUGUAUAAUAAGGCUCGACGGAUCCCACGGUUUGUUUCUAUGAGUGACAUGUUCCAGUCACCUACUUAUAUGAGUAGGCCUCAGUCGACGAUGAUGCACACUGCAUCUCCUGGUCCUACCCUUUGGAAAGAGUGUCUAGUUCCUCGGAUGUCUGGACAAACUCUCUCUAGAGAAACAGAGUUUGAUGCAUCCAUGAGGUCAGUAUCAUGGGACAACUCAUGGCAACCUGGCCGUGCUGUAGGAUUGCCUGAUCCAAGCAAAAUCCCAGAAUUAUGUGCUCAGGAUGACAGGAAGUAUGCCUUUGAGCCGCUUUUCAUUCUGGCAGAGCCUGGGACUGCUGAUUACAGUGAUAUGAUGGAAUCUUCAAGAUUUGGAGCUGAUGCAAGUAGCAGUAGGGCUUACAGCUCAAUUUCAGGUGGCACUGAUAGUGGAGCAAGCCCGCCACUUGAAGGGUCUGAGAAUGACAGUGCUACAAGUCUUCAUUGCUGUUAUGGCUGGACCGAGGACUGGCGAUGGUUAGUAUGCAUCUGGACAGAUUCUAGAGGAGAGUUAUUAGACAGCUUAAUAUUUCCUUUUGGUGGUAUUAGUAGCCGCCAAGACACUAAAGUUCUCCAGAGCCUAUUCAUUCAAAUUCUGCAGCAGGGUUGUCAAAUAAUGUCGUCUUCACCAGAAGCUAGCAAUACGAGAUCAAGAGAUGUAAUAAUAACCCGUAUUGGAGGUUUCCUUGAACUUGAAAUCCAGGAAUGGCAAAAAGCAAUAUACUCUUUUGGUGGUAACGAGGUAAAGAAGUGGCCUGUGCAGCUACGACGAUCUAUACCUGAUGGUAUUCCAUCAAAUUCUAAUGGACCAACACUCCAGCAACAAGAUAUGGGCUUAAUCCAGGACAGAAACAUGCCUUCCUCACCUAGUACGUUAUACAGCCCUCAUUCAAAAUCUAGCUUCACGAAAGGUCAGUCAGGCAACAAAAAGCAGAUCCUAGUGGAACAAACUGGAAUGGACAGUUCAAGGGGUUCAUUGCACUUGGUUCGUAGCAUCAGUUUAGUUGCAGUUUCGCAAGAUAGCUCAUUGCAUCUGGCAUGCCAAGCGGAUCUGAUGGCGACCAGACCUACUUCCGGUGAAGGGAAUCAAAGCAGCACUGGGUCUUCUAGUUACUUAGAUGGGUUUGCCCCAGUCAAGUCCAUCGGGUCAAUGUCUGCAUCGUAUCUUCUGGUUCCAUCACCAAGUAUGCGAUAUCUUUCCCCUGCGACAUUACAGCUUCCAAUGUGCCUUACAUCGGAAUCCCCACCACUUGCCCACCUAUUGCACAGCAAAGGGACAGCAACUCCCUUGGCAAUGGGUUAUGUCGUCUCCAAAGCUGUCCCACCAGUAAGAAAGAAUGCCGCCCAACUCACCAAAGAGGACAGGCACUCUGUUCUCUCUGUUAGCAUCAUCGAUUACUACGGAGGCAGCACCCCCACUGUCCAAGAGAAGAUGAGCAGAGGGGUUGGUGGCAGCACCAUGAGCAAGCAGGCAAGGAACAUCACCCAUGAAACAUCAGCCCGUGAUUACGAAAUGGACAUGCACAAUGUCUUGGAAGCGGUGGCCGCCGAGCUCCAUGCCCUUUCGUGGAUGACGGUAAGCCCGGUCUACCCGGAAAGGCGCAGUGCUCUCCCCUUCCACUGUGACAUGGUUCUGAGGUUGAGGAGACUUCUCCACUAUGCCGAUCGACAUCUCUCUCAGCUAACGGAGAAGGGAGAUUUAGCUUAGAGAGGUGAUAGCUAAUUCACAUGAUUGAAACUAGCUGUUUUACACAGGAAAAACAAGGGCUAGAUGCUGCUUAAACCCAAGUGCCUGUCUCUGUAUCUAGAUUAGGUAGGUAGGUGGAGGGCGCGUUGAUGAGCCCCGGUUUUGCUUUGAUAGCAAGAAUGCUAAUUUCUUGGGUUGAGGAUGUAUGUAAUUAAGUGCUUAGCAAUACCUCUCCCUGUAAUCGUUGUAACAUUGUUGAACUGGUAACUCAGUGGUAUUUGGUGUUCAUCGGCUUGA